AUGUCUCCAGAAAGUAAAAGCUUAAUAAGAACUAUUUUAAACCCGAUGCUGCCAUUCCAAAUGUUGCUGCGUGUGUACUCACUAUGUGUCCUGAUGGUAGACAUAUUUUUUGUCUACAUAAAUACUAUCAUCUCUAUUAUUGAAUCAGUGUAUGAAUUCUUUGUACCACCACCUAUGAAGUCUUUGAAAAAUGAAACAGCUUUGAUUAUUGGUGCAGGUAGAGGUAUUGGCCAGUCUCUUGCCAUACAACUAUCUGACUUAGGAGCUACAGUUAUUUGCGUAGAUAUCAAUGAAUCAAAUAAUGAAAGGACUGUAGAAUAUAUAAAAGAGAUGGGAAACAAUGAUGUCCAUGGCUACUGUUGUGAUAUUACCCAGAAGAGGAAUAUUUUGGCUCUAACCAGGUUUAUUGAGAAGGACAUUGGAUUCGUUACAAUGCUAUUCCACUGUUGUGGAGUACCCAGUCCUAGGUCUUUAAUAUCUCUCCCACCACAAGAUAUACAAGUUACAAUGGAUUUGACUUUGAACUCGUAUAUUUGGCUAAUAGAUCAGUUAAUGCCCCAAAUGAAAGUGAAAAAUCAUGGCCAUAUAAUUGCUCUAACAUCGGUGGCUGGGUUGAGUUAUAACAAGGACUUGAUGCCAUUGAGUGUGGCACAGUUUGCAGUUCAGGGUCUUGCUAAGUCCUUGAUGGAAGAUCUCAGGGUUAAUAGGCUUGAUGGAGUUCAUAUAACACUAUCUCACAUUUACCCAUUCAUAGUGAAAGAGAACUCAGAUAUGGAAGCUAAAAUUCCAAGUUACUUUGGUACUAUAACGCCAGACCGCGCGGCUACAGCUGUACUAGACAGUGUUCGUCGAAACUAUGUCGAGGCUUCAGUACCCAAACACAUGUUAUUUUUAGGCAAUGUUCUACGUGUAUUGCCUCGAAAGGCCAAUAUGAUGAUACGAGAUUUGUUGGAUACAGGAGUUGAUUUCGCCUAA